CGAUAGGGCCGUCAUGUCGAUUGUCGUCUGACAUCUGACUUUUAUGUUAAACAAGAAAUAUCUAAUCUGAUUCCAAUCUUAAUAAUUAAAACAUACAAUAACUGGUUUAAAAAUCUUAUGCUCAAUGAGCCAAUUGGGACAUGUGUUUAUAAGCUAUGGAAGUUUUGCAUAGGCAGUCUGAUUCGCGUGCGGGUUGAGGUGUCAACUGAUCAUAAUCGAGCUUACCAGGCGGUCUCGAUGAAUAAUAACAGGAUAUGAUAACAUGGCCGUGCAAUCUGACUCCGGCGGGAAGGACGACGUGAAGACACAGUUCGUGACGCGGGAGGGGACGUACCGGUUGAUGACGCUGUCGGAGUAUUCGAGGCCUAAUCGUGUUGGUUAUACUAGUGGUUCGGGAUCAUCUCAUGUGCGUGUGUCGCUGGUGUCUCUCCCGCCGGGGGGCGGAGCACCCGGCUCGGACGGCCAGGCCUCCGAGGAUAAAAUUUGUUUUAACCAUGGAAAGGAAUUGUGUGUUUAUGUAUACAGAGGAGUUAAAAAGGCAGCUGAUCUCACAAAACCGGUGGACAAGAAGAUGUACAAGGGUACAAACCCGACUUGUCACGACUUCAAUACAGUCACGAUGACAGCGGACAGUGUCUCCUUAGUCAUAGGGUUUUCAACCGGCCAAAUACAACUAAUAGAUCCUAUUAAGAAAGAAUUAAGUAAAUUGUAUAAUGAAGAGAGGCUGAUAGACAAGACGCGCGUCACUUGCAUCAAGUGGGUGCCGGGCUCGAGCAACCUGUUCAUAGCGGCGCACGCGUCGGGCCAGCUGUACGUGUACAACGAGGAGCUCGCGUGCGGCUCCGCGGCGCCGCACUACCAGCUGUUCAAGGGCGGCGACGGCUACUCCAUACACACCUGCCGGACCAAGAGCACCAGGAACCCUUUGUAUAGGUGGGUUAUAGGAGCAGAAGGCAGCUGUAUAAACGAAUUUGCAUUUUCGCCGUGUGGAGCUAACUUGGCUGUUGUGUCCCAAGAUGGUUUUCUACGAGUAUUCCACUACGACACCAUGGAGCUGAUCGGCCGCGCGCGGUCGUACUUCGGCGGAUUCCUCUGUGUGUGCUGGUCUCCAGAUGGGAAGUACGUCGUGGUUGGCGGAGAAGACGACCUUGUGACCGUCUGGUCCUUCAGCGAACGGAGAGUCGUGGCUCGAGGCCAAGGACACAGGUCCUGGGUCUCUGUAGUCGCCUUCGACCCUUAUAUUGUCAGUUUCACGGACCCAGACACUGAAGAAACCCAUGAAGACAAAAGUGAAAGUGUUCAGUGCUAUAGACUAGGCAGUGUUUCACAGGACACCCAGUUGUGUUUAUGGGACUUAACGGAGGAUGUACUACGGCCCCCCGUUAGAACGCGAGCGUCCGCCCACUUGUCACCCAAUAGCCAGAAUUUCUCCCCAAACGGAGUGCCCGGAACUAAAAUACCGCCAAAGUGCGCGAAGACCAACAAAAUUGGUCACAAACAUGCAGAGCUUAGCGGGUCGAACGCGGCGGGAGAACCGUCCGGCGCUAAACCAGCUAAGUCUAAAACAAAUAAUGUGUCCACAUUGAAUAUAAGCGUCGGAAAAGCUAAAGAGGAAACGUCCGGAUCUCUAGGAGCUAACUUCACUCAAAGGCUAGCGGCAUUAUCGUUCGGUGAGCGGCGGUCGGAUCACAGAAGAAAUUUCAGUUUAACAAAGCCCACGGAGAAAUCUUCAGCGUCGAACACGGUUGCUCUGAGGGGGAAAUCGGCGGGGGCGCAGUCGAACGACAGUUACGACCCUGUAAAGUUAAUAGGGACACCUUCGUGUCCAAGAUUUGACGAGUGUCCGGUGUUGGAGCCACUAGUUUGCAAGAAAAUAGCGCACGAGAGGUUGACGGCGUUGCUGUUCCGAGCAGAGUAUUUUAUCACAGCGUGUGCGGAUGGUUGUGUGAACACUUGGUCCAGACCCACGCGGACCCACAACGGAGACGCGAGGCGGCGCGACCGCAUUGAGCUGGUGGACUAGCGGGGCUUGGGGUGCUUGUACCAGCUAUACUACUCCAUAUAUUGCAAGACUUUUAAGGAUUAUGUUCUGUUUUAGAAUGGAUCAAGUGAAUUCAGAUGCUGAUAUUGUCCUCUGUUUAUAAGAAGCUGCAAUUUUUAUGCAUUUAUCUAGUUAAGGGAUGAAAGCCCUAGUUGGAAUUAAACUUAAUAUGUUUCUUGGUUUAUUAAAUAUCUUUUAACGUUGCUUGGUCAUAAUUAUUGAUAGAUGAUGAUUCAGCUAAAGAAUUACAGCGUUAUAUUGAGUAGUACAUAAUGGUAUGGCCUAAGGGGGGUAAAUAAUUCCAUAGUAGACAGAUUGGUUUGAAUGUUGUGCAAGUAUUGUGAUGAAUUGCUAUCUAAAAUGUUUUAAAGACUCUUAUUGACUUUUUACUAUAACUCACCUAGCUGUUACUGUAAAUAUUAAGAUUAAGGGAAUAUUAAUUAACUUUCAUAUAAUUCUUUUCUUGUGAAAAUCACCAUCAGAGUUUAUGUUUCUUUAAUAAUGAAUUUUAGUACAAUAAAUUUCCAUAAAAUAAAGUGUCUCAAAAAUAUCUGAUAUAUUAAUAAAAUCAUAGUGAUAGAACAAGAACUGUUCAUUCUUCCUAAUUUAGAAUCAAACAGAACUGCAUUUAAUAAUAAAAACCAUUAAAACAGUUUGGAUAGCAAUGAAAGGCGUGUCAAUGUUAAAGUUAUACGAAGGCAAGUUAGAUAGCAAUAGUAUGAGAUUGUACUGUAUAAACUAUUGUAUAUUGUUGUUGGACUCACCUCGGCUUCUGUACAUAUAGUGUAUCGAGCGAUCAAAGAUUGCCAGUCGAGUUGGUCUAUACAAAAUUUAAAAAAAAACCAUUAGUUAGAAAAGACAGGUUGAAAUUUGUAUAGAAAUAAAUGCACGGCCAUAGCACUCUUGUGUUCUAUUAUUAUCGUGAAAUUAUUUAUUUUAAUCGAUUAUAUUAUUGUUGUAUCGACGCGUGUGUGACUCGCGAUGUUGUGUCGAUGAAGCGAGUGUUGUUACGUCAGCCAUUACUUUGGUAGGUAGACUGAUUGAACGGUGUUAACUUCGAUGUUUGUGACUGAUGACUAGCAAAUCUAUCCUUGUUUUAGUUAAUUGGUUAUAAGUAAUUACUGAUAUAAAUUCAAUAAUUUCAAUAUGUACAAUUAAAUCAUUACACUAA